UGACCAAAGAAUAAUGCCGUUGAUGGCUACCUUUGGACUUCUUCAUAUAUUAGUGGUUCUAUAUAUCUCUUCAGCGUAUCCUGUCCAUGGCCUUCCUGCAUCGAAGAAACUGUGUAAUGUAUCAGGAUUCAGGAGUAUGACGCUUCUUCAAUCAUGGCAAUCAAAUAGUGGAUUACGCAACAACUCUGCUUUCUUUCAUGUUCUAGAGAAGCACCAAUCUUUCACACGUUUUCAUACACCAGAGUUGAGAUGACAAAUAAUACCUCAGACAGAGGAAGCGGACCAGGAUCCAGUUGCUGGAUGCACAAGCUCUUCCUGGUCACAAGUACAACAAGAUGAUCAAGCAGUAUUUUAACAUGGUGAUGGCCAUCAUUUUCCUUCUUGCCUUCCCUAUCCUGCCCACAGUUGUUGCCUACCUCUCCACGGCAGCUCCCUCAAAUCACUGGAAAAUCUCCAGUAUGCAAAGCAGACUAAACAUGGCAGGAAGUUCCAGUGCCCUUGUCAUACUCGAGAGUGGCAGUAGCUCAUAUAGAAUUUACUUUGGAUUCUACACCACGGAUGGGCAUGCAUUCACUCUCUCUGUGUUACUUUUGGGGCCCGAGAAUCCAGUCAUCUGGUCAGCCAACCCUGAUAGUCCUGUAAGCCAGGACGCCACCUUGAACUUCACCAAAGAAGGUAACCUGCUGCUCAACGACGUCAAUGGCACUGUGAUCUGGUCCACAGGCACAAAGAACAAGUCAAUUGCCGGCAUGCGGCUAGAUGCUUCAGGAAACCUUGUGCUGUUUCAUCAGAACAGCUCCUCUGUCUGGCAGACGCUUGACCACCCGACAGAUACGUUAGUACUGGGACAAUCACUCUGUAGGGGCAUGAACCUCAGCGUAAAACCUUCCAAAACAAAAUGGCCAUCUGCUCGGGUUUAUCUUUCUGCAGAGUUGGGAGGGCUGCAGUAUUCAUACCAACCAGCAGCCUAUUCACAAUUAUUCAGUACAACUACUAGUGAGACAUCAAAUUGCUAUAGAUUUGUCAAUGGCAGCUUUGGGUUCCCAAAUCAGGUCUUCUCACUGCCACUAGCAAGAUCUUCACAAUUCAUGCAGUACAUGCGGUUAGAGUCAGAUGGGCAUUUGAGGCUUUAUGAGAUGCAGGGCUACUCAAACCCACGGCUGCUGUUUGAUGUAUUAAGCAUGGCCAUGAACUUUUGUGAUUACCCAUUGGCCUGUGGUGAUUAUGGUGUUUGCAGUCAUGGACAGUGUUCUUGUCCUAGUUUGAGCUACUUUAGGUCCGAAAAUGAACGGCAUCCAGAUGCUGGAUGCGUGCACUUAACCACCAUCUCUUGCAACCAUGCGCACGACCACCAGUUGCUACCACUCAGCAACAUUUCUUACUUCAGUAACAGCAUGUUCCGGUCAUUAGCCACUCCAAGUCCAUCAGAACAGGUCUGCAAGCAAACUUGCUUGAUGGAUUGCUCUUGCAAGGUUGCCCUUUUCCAGAAUUAUGGUUACACUGAUGAUGGUUACUGCUUGUUGUUAUCAGAGCAGAAGCUAAUUUCUCUGGCAGAAGGUUCGCCGUUCCGCUUUUCAGCAUACAUUAAGAUACAAGGCAAUCGAUCAAGAGGAAGGAAGAUCAGAACUAUAGUCGGCUCAAUAAUUGCAAGUUUCUCUGCACUUGCAAUCUUAUGCUCUGCUGCCAUAUGGAAAAAGUGCAAGAAAGAGGAAGAACAGCUCUUUGAUAGCAUACCUGGGACACCAAAGCGUUUCUCCUUUCACGAGUUGAAGUUAGCUACUGGCAACUUCUCUCUGAAGCUUGGGGCUGGUGGCUUUGGGUCAGUCUUCAAAGGCAAGAUAGGCAGGGAAACAAUUGCCGUCAAACGUUUGGAAGGUGUUGAACAAGGAACGGAGGAGUUCUUAGCAGAGGUCAUGACAAUUGGCAAAAUACAUCACAAUGAUCUCGUCAGGUUGAUUGGAUUUUGUGCCGAGAAAUCGCACAGGCUUCUCGUCUAUGAGUUCAUGUGCAACGGUUCACUGGAUAAAUGGAUCUUUCAUGCAUGUUCAGUUUUCACUCUGUCUUGGAAAACUAGACGUAAGAUCAUAAUGGCCACUGCGAGGGCUCUGUCAUACCUCCAUGAAGAAUGCAAGGAAAAGAUUGCCCAUUUGGACAUCAAGCCACAGAAUAUUCUCCUUGAUGACAGGUUUAAUGCAAAGCUCUCUGAUUUUGGAUUGUCCAAAAUGAUAAACAGGGACCAGAGCAAAAUUAUGACUCGGAUGCGGGGAACACGUGGAUAUCUAGCACCCGAAUGGCUGGGCUCAAAAAUUACUGAGAAGGCUGACAUCUACAGCUUUGGGAUUGUGGUGGUGGAAAUUAUCUGUGGCAGAGAGAAUUUGGAUGAAUCGCAGCCCGAGGAGAGCAUCCACCUUAUAAGCAUGCUCGAAGAGAAGGCAAGGUCUGGUCAGCUCAAAGAUUUAGUGGACAGUGCCAGCAAUGAUAUUCAAUUUCAUAUGGAGGAGGUCAUGGAAGUGAUGAGGCUUGCAAUGUGGUGCUUGCAGGUUGAUAGCAACAGAAGGCCCUUGAUGUCAACGGUCGCAAAGGUGUUGGAGGGCGUGACGAGCUUGGAGGCUACACCAGACUACAGCUUUGUCCCUAGUUUUGCACCAAACCAUGCUGGUGUUGCAGGCGCCACACAGUUUAGCAACCACAAACCAAGGCUUAGCUACUGGAUAAUGGAUUUCUGGAUCAUGUGCACUCAGAAGAAAGAAGAAAAGAAUAUAUGCUUGUGGCCAUUAGAAGCCAACCAAGCCAAUUUGAGCAAGAGACAGAGAAGCUGCGUGUGGUUCUGCACCCGCAAGAAGGCAGUAGUUACUCACUGAUGAGCGCCGGGUUGU